AUGCAUCUCAAGUUCAUCGCUCUUGGAGGUCUUGCCACUUCAGUGGCAGCUUCUGCUGUCCCGGCACUGGGCUACGAGCGCAAGCUUCUCUUGGACGCGCUUGCCAAACGUCAAACUUCGACAAGUGGCUGCUCAGGCGAUGAUGCUCCGGCAGUCGAGGCUCCAAAGGCCAAUGUUUGGGCUCCCAUCAGCGCACAAGACAACUUCGAUGUCUGGACCCUCUUGCAUGACCCGGCCACGGGUCUGAACUUGACCGAUCCUGCCGAUGCUGUUGUCACCGACAACUACGUCUUCUGGAUCGACACUCUACCUGUCAAUAAGACCGACGUUCUGCCGUACCUUGACGGUGACGGCCCCCUUCCACCAAAGUAUGCUCGUGCAAUCAUCUUUGAGGGAGGCAAGGAGGUUCCUGACUCCCAAGAAUACUACAUUGGACCCCUUCCUGUUUCCAGUGAGACGACAGUACAGAAACUCGACUACAUAUACAACGGUGGAUCUGGUGGUUCAGUCCCCUUCGAUGCCCGAUCUCUCGACGGACCAAAGAAUGCUGUCGUCAACCCACUGAUUGCUUCUGCCAUGGGCAACAUCUCCGAUAUCACUGAAGCUUUGUUCGAUGGCGCUGCUUUCUUCGGAGCGGGAAAUAACCGAACCACUUUAAGCUAUUCCGCGGGCACUCCAGUCUCAUUCGACGGAACCCAAGGCUUCCGAAACAUCAUGUUCCGAUAUGCUGGUUCGGGUACAUACUUGGUGCCGAUCGAUUUCUUUCUUCUUCUUAACUGUUCCGGAACUGAUCCCUCUCACUAUUCCGUCAGAGGCUAUGUCACCAACUCGCAAUUCUUUCCCGAUGAGGCUUCGCUCAGAGAAGCCUUUGAGGCUGGUACUCUUGCUCAAGAGUACACCCAAACACGAGAUCAAUCAUGGACUCAAGUCAACCACAAGCCUGAGCAGGGGACCCGCGAGCUCGAGGAAAGAUUCGCCCCUACCAGUCUCGAACUGGGGGGUAAGCGCUAUGCGAUCGACGCAGAAGCAAAAUACGUUGAAUACUUGGGAUUCUCUUUCUAUGUCUCCUUUUCCCGAUCAUUAGGCAUUAUGUUCUACGACAUCAAAUUCAAGGGAGAAAGAAUCAUCUACGAGCUUUCAAUGCAGGAGGCUUUGGCCCAAUACGCAGGCAAUCAGCCUAAGGCUGCAAAUACCGUGUAUCAUGAUACAUACUACAGCAUGGGGACAGAUCUCGCCACCUUGCUCGAAGGAUUCGAUUGUCCGUAUGGCUCUACCUUCUGGAACGUCUCAUUCCACACACGCAAUGCCACAACUGUCAAUCAAGACGCUGUCUGCAUUUUCGAACACGACACCGGUUAUCCCCUUUCCCGGCAUCGCUAUGGCAGCAGUGCUGGUAAUUACCCGUUCAGCGCACUCGGGGUGGUCAAGGGAGCCGCUCUAACCCUUAGAUCUAUCGCUACUGUGGGUAACUACGACUACAUGUUUGAUUACGUAUUCAUGGGCGAUGGCUCUAUUGAAGUUAUAGUGCGCGCUAGCGGUUUCCUACAAUCUAGCUUUUAUUAUCCGGAUCAAGGGAAAUUCGGACCUCGGAUUGCGCCCGCAACACAAGGAUCCUUCCACGACCAUAUCCUCACGUGGAAAGCCGAUUUCGACAUCAUAGGCGUUGAAAACAGCUUCGAGAGAACUGAUCUCGUUGUCGUCAAUCAAACCCAACCCUGGUUUCCGCACCUUGGUGAAUUCGAGCAAAUGGAACUCAACGCUAGCUACGUUGAGACGGAGACUACUCUGGAUUGGGCGCCAAACAAUCAAGCAAUGUACUGUAUCGUUAAUCAAGACGAAACCAAUAUGUGGAACGAAACCAGAGGCUAUCGCGUCAUUCCAGGAAAGUCCAACAUUCAUCUGUCAGUUCAAAAUUCACCAUUCUCUCUCAAGAACAGUGAGAUGGCCAAGCAUCAUCUAGCAGUGACUCGUCAGCAUGACAAUGAACCAUUUGCCAACUCGGUCCAAAAUGUCAAUCUGCCCUGGGCACCUCAGCAAGACUUCAGCAAGUUCUUCGAUGACGAAUCCAUUGUACAGGAGGAUCUUGUCCUUUGGUUCAACCUUGGCAUGCAUCACUUCGUUCGUGCAGAGGAUGUUCCUGUGACUUUGUACACAGAAGCUGUUUCCAGCAUUGUUUUCGCUCCUCAGAACUUCAACGACAGGGCUCAAGAUGGUGACCUCCUGAACCGGAGAUGGGUCACCUACAACGCGACCACGGACGAGAUCGCCUUCGAAGAUUACGGAGUGGAGCUGCCUAAUUGCCCAAUCGAAAUUACAGAGCCCGUCUCCGGCAUCAGUCCGACAGUCGAGGAGCUGGCAACCCAGACUGAGUGAUUUCCCCUCACUGAAGCAGUCUACCCAAACAGGACGGCCUCCAGCCCUCAAAAUCACGUUAAUUUUGCAUCCUACCGAGGUCAAAAGAUCCGGUGUUUUAUAAAAAUGAUCAUGAGAGCUCUAAAGCUCCUACACAGCUCAACGCCAAUAGACACGCCCGCAUACCCAUUAGAAUAGGUAGAUGUGCAACCGGG